GUCAGGAUUUAAAUAAAGUUAAGAGGAUCGGGUGGAGUACAACUAACGCGAAACCUCUGCGUUUCUUCGUCUUCUUCGACUCGUGAGAUUGUGAUCACAGUGGGGCAAAAGAAAGACUUUAACUUUAAAGAUUCUACGAGGUGUGGUUGAUCGAUUUAGUCAUCUGGGUUUCCUUCUCCACUGGUUCUGAGGAUGGAUCAAGCUUCGUCUUCGUCGAAUGUUAGGGAUGAGAAGAGAUCGUCCACUGAUCCUGUGACAGUCGAUGAAAACGAGGAGAGAGAAGCUAUAGAGAUUCCUCUCUUCCAAGUGCCUGAAUGCUAUGUUUAUUUGCAAGUGAGCUCGUCUUCGUCUUGUAUGUAUGCAGAUACCUCCAAGGAAAAGUGCAGCUUCAUACAGGGCAGAUGAGUGGGACGUGAACAAAUGGGCAUGGGAAGGGGCAUUGAAAGUGGUGAGCAAAGGAGAAGAGUGCAUAAUUAAACUUGUAGAUAAAACCACAGGAGAACUUUACGCUCAGGCCUUUCUCCGAGAUGGUGAACUUCAUCCAGUAGAAGCCGUAAUCGACAGUAGCAGAUACUUUGUUCUCCGUGUUGAAGAAAACAUAGGUGGUCGUGCUCGUCAUGCUUUUAUUGGACUUGGAUUCAGAGAGAGAACUGAAGCAUAUGACUUCCAAGCUGCACUACAUGACCACAUGAAGUACCUGAACAAGAAGAAGACAGCAGAAGAGAUGGAACAACACUUUCAGAACACAUCAUCUGUUGAUUACAGCUUAAAGGAAGGAGAAACCAUUGUUCUUCAACUAAAAAAUAGGAGCGAGAAAGACACAAAGACUAAACUGGUAGAGAAGAGUCUGAGCAAUCUCUCGUUGGACGAUAAGGGCAAGUCAAUAGAAACCAUUCCUCCAAUCAUCCCACCGCCUCCACCUCCUGGACCGCUUUCUCCUGCGGCAACCACACCGAAGUCCCCAUCAAGCCUCAGCCUCCAAAGAUCAUCUGAACAACAAGAUCUAGAUACAAAGCGAGAAGAAGUAGAGAAGAAAGAAGACCAAGAAGCUAAAGAAAUAGGCGCUGAAGAUGCACCAGAUGAUGACUUUGGAGAUUUCCAAGCUGCAGGCUGAUUUAGCCAUUUAAGUAUUUUACCAUACAGAAAGCAUCGUUUUAUAAGUAAUGUGACUGAUCAAAGUUUGGAUUGUUUGCUUUUGAGAGAGUGAGAGAAAGUCCACCUUCUGGACAAUUGCAUACAAGACUAUUUCUCUGAACUUGUGAUUAGAUAGAUAAACCUUCAAGUCUUUUCAUUUAUUCACCAUACAUAAUGUUCAAAAAAUUGUUAACUAA